AUUCGACAACUUAGAAAAACACACGCAGUGGGGAAUCGAUAUUCUUGAGAAAUACAUCAAAUUUGUAAAGGAAAGGGCUGAGAUUGAACUCAGCUAUGCAAAGCAGCUCAGGAAUCUCUCGAAGAAAUAUCAACCUAAGAAGAACUCGAAGGAGGAAGAAGAAUACAAGUACACAUCAUGUCAGGCUUUCCUCUCCACCCUGAACGAGAUGAACGACUAUGCCGGGCAGCACGAGGUCAUCUCCGAGAACAUGACGUCCCAGAUCACGCUGGACCUGGCGCGCUACGUGCAGGAACUGAAGCAGGAGAGGAAAUCGAACUUUCACGAUGGAAGAAAAGCCCAACAGCACAUCGAGACCUGCUGGAAGCAGCUGGAGUCGAGUAAGAGGCGGUUUGAGCGGGACUGCAAAGAGGCCGACAGGGCGCAGCAGUACUUUGAGAAGAUGGACGCUGACAUCAAUGUGACAAAGGCAGACGUUGAAAAGGCCCGGCAGCAAGCCCAGAUCCGUCACCAGAUGGCAGAGGACAGCAAGGCAGACUAUUCCAACACCCUGCAGAAGUUCAACCAGGAACAGCAUGAGUACUACCACACACACAUCCCCGGCAUCUUCCAGAAAAUCCAGGAGAUGGAGGAGAGGAGGGUCCUGCGUCUGGGAGAGUCCAUGAGGACGUACGCUGAGGUGGACCGGCAGGUGAUCCCCAUCGUGGGCAAGUGCCUGGACGGCAUAGUGAAGGCCGCCGAAUCCAUCGAUCAGAAAAGCGAUUCACAGCUGGUGAUAGAAGCUUAUAAGUCAGGAUUUGAACCCCCAGGCGACAUUGAAUUUGAGGAUUACACCCAGCCAAUGAAGCGUACCGUGUCAGAAAACAGCCUUUCAAACUCCAGAGGAGACGGCAAACCUGAGCUCAAAUUCGGUGGCAAGUCCAAAGGAAAGCUAUGGCCGUUCAUCAAAAAAAAUAAGCUUAUGUCCCUUUUAACAUCCCCCCAUCAGCCUCCCCCUCCUCCCCCUGCCUCUGCCUCACCCUCUACUGUUCCCAACGGCCCCCAGUCUCCCAAGCAGCAAAAGGAACCCCUCUCCCAUCGCUUCAACGAGUUCAUGACCUCCAAACCCAAAAUCCACUGCUUCAGGAGCCUAAAGCGUGGGACUCAGUCUUUCUGUUUUCACAAAGAACUCAUGAAGAGGACGAUAGGGAAACCCACGUAUGCCUUUGAGGCUAGGGACUAUGUUCUUUCUCUCAAGCUGGGUUCCACGCCUGAGGACUUCAGCAACCUUCCACCUGAACAACGGAGGAAAAAGCUCCAACAGAAAGUCGAUGAGCUAAAUAAAGAGAUUCAGAAGGAGAUGGACCAGAGAGACGCCAUAACCAAAAUGAAAGACGUCUACCUAAAGAACCCUCAGAUGGGGGACCCCGCUAGCCUGGAUCACAAGCUAACAGAAGUCAGCCAGAACAUAGACAAGCUGCGACUAGAGGUCCAAAAAUUUGAGGCCUGGCUGGCUGAGGUGGAAGGCAGGCUCCCCGCCCGAAAUGAGCAGGUGCGUCGGCAGAGCGGGAUGUAUGACGGCCAGCCGCCCCCGACGGUCAACACCUGCGCCCAGGACCGCGAGAGCAGCCCAGAUGGCAGUUACACAGAGGAGCAAAGCCAGGAGAGUGAGGUCAAAGUGCUGGCCACAGAUUUCGAUGACGAGUUCGAUGACGAGGAGCCCCUUCCGGCCAUAGGGACCUGCAAGGCGCUCUACACGUUCGAAGGUCAGAAUGAAGGAACCAUUUCCGUGGCAGAAGGAGAAACGCUGUACGUCAUAGAGGAAGACAAAGGUGAUGGCUGGACCCGCAUCCGGAGAAACGAAGACGAAGAGGGCUACGUCCCCACUUCAUACGUCGAAGUCUAUUUGGACAAAAAUGCCAAAGGUGCUAAGACCUAUAUUUAAUACCACUUAAAAAAACUUUUUAAAAGCUUGGACUGGUUUCUCCCCGCAAGUGUGACUGACACAGGCCAUUCUGCCGAGCGCCCGCGGAGAGCCGGCUGUGGCCCACUUGCCCGCGGCUGGCCGGGGACUUGGGGGCCUGGCGCACCCGAGUUUGCUGGUCUAGCUUUGGCUGUAAUCCACUGUCACUUGAUUUUACGUGGAAAGUGCCAACUGCCGAUUUACAGCUGUGUCAUGUGAGAUCUGACAAACAUUUCUUUUGGUGGCCUCUGUAGAUAACAAAAAAAAAAAAAUAGUUGUAUUCUAGCUUUUAAUUAAUACUUCUGAAUUUAAAUGUCCACACACAUCAUGGGGGUGCAAAAGACUUCUGUUGGCUUGUUUCUGACCAGUAUCUCCCCAACCUUGACACAGUAGGAGGUUACAUUUUGUAACUUAAUAAAUUCAACUGUGCUGGUUUGUUGAGUUUUUACAGUCAUUCACAUGGGAGGAAGGAGAUCCUAAAUAAAAUCUUCCCAGCCUGGGAUGAAGUAGUAAAGAACGGGUUCUGUUGCACCCGAAGCGUGCGUUUUCACUUGCGUGUGGUUCAUGUUGCUGUCAGGGCCUUGUUGGGUCAGCUUUUUCUGUCUGUAGGGUCCCAAGUGACCAGACAAAAUCUGGCCAAGUUUGGGCAGAUUGACUUAGAAGCAGUUGACUUUGACAGGCCAUGGUGCUGAUGCUGGGGGCAUGGGGAAUGACUUGAUCACAUGCACAGAUGGGGUGGUUCCCAAAUCCUUUGUGACAGUGCACCCCGAGGUCUCAGAGAGCCAGCUAGGAGUGGGUGGGAAUGAAAACAUCGGGCGUGGAUUUUAUUAUUUGACUUUGAAAAUUAUUUACUUAUUUUCUACUUUCGAGAAGGAAAAUUAGCCCUUACCUCUUCAUUGUGGACUCAUUUUAUAAACAAAUCAAUUUAAAGCUGAUUUGGUUUUUUAAUGCAAUGCUGGGGAUGGAACCCAGAGCUCUGUGCAUGCUGAGAAGGUGCUACACCACUGAGCCACCCACUAGCCUGCCCCAAAGCUGAUUCUAAAAGCAACAGUUGUACAUUCGGGCUCCAGAACCUGGCAGGAGUUACAGGCACUUGUUGCUGUUUCACUUAAAAUGUCACAAGGAUCACCCAAAUGGAAUUGAGUAACCUCUACUUGAGUAUGUGGUUUUUAAAGACUUUUUUUUUUUUCUUCUUUUUGAGAUAGGCUGACCUCAAACCUGCAAUCCUCCCAAGUCCUGGAAUAAAGUUGUAAAGAUAGUACAGAAAUCCCAUGUACCCUUCACCCAGGGCCCCGGGGGCCACAACCUAUAGUUACACCCCAGCCUAAUUUAAAUACACAUUCAAAUGAGUUUAGUAUGGAUAAAGCCACCUAUUCUAGGGCCUCAACAGGGCUGUGUGUCAGCCCCCUGUAGGUCCCACACCAGGAACACUGCUCACCCUGAGACCCCAGGAAUUCCUUUGAAUGAGCAGGCGGAGGGUACCAGCUUGAUGCAGGUGACCAGGUGAAUGGGAAAUGUGGGACACAAAAGUCGGCCCUUUCUGUCCCCUGCUGAACUGGAUAAAGUAAGCAACCUGAAAAAGUCUCUGACAAGCCCAGCAGGCACCGUCUAAAGCCUGCCUGGUGAAACUGCGGGCUUUGCCCUUGGAGUUGUGCAAACUUGAUUUGGAAAUAUCUCAGCUGGCUUGCAGGCAGGGCAAAGGUGGGGCGCCUGGUUUGGGUGCCUACAUUCAUGGUCAGUUUUAAAUUUAUGUUAUUAAGUGAGAGCCUCAGAACAGACAGGGAGGGACACUGCUACACGGAUGACAGGAGAAAGAGAUACUUUACAGUACACCACCCACCCUGAAAUGUUGCAAAACAUUGGAACAGUUGCCAAAGAAUCAGGAAUUUCCAUUUCCACUCAGGAGACUUUGUCUCCAUUUCCCUGUUAAAAUGAAAGCAGUUUCUCAGCUGUUGAUAGAUAUGUCCAGCUAGUGGAAUCUACCUAGAACUUGGCAGUGGGGACACAGGAGCCUCCCCACGCUGGCCACACGCCUGUCCCAGCUCCCAGCAGCGCCCCACCCUGCUGCUUCCUCAUCCCCACAACUCAAAGCAGCUGAUUUUUUUUUUUUUUAAAUAAAGUCAGGGCACUUUUUUUCCUGUGUGUGUAUGUGCUGUCUACAAUGUGCUAUUUAGUAAUCGCCAGAAUAUUUAGAGUAACCUCCGAUUGGUCAACUGGAUUGUGACUUCUUCAGUGGGUUUGUUUGGUUUUUUUUGUUGUUUUUAAAAUUGCUUUCUGUUAAACAGAAAUAUUUGUAUAUACUGCAAUCUAAAAACUAAAAGGAUGACUUGAAUUAGUUGUUUUAACGUUUCAUUCUUUUACAUGUUUGUUUGGUUCUUCUGCCGCUAAUGACCUGUUUGUUUUUAUAACUGCUGGGGAGGCCCCAGGACUCUUGCUUUGGAGCUAGGUCCCAGCUGGCGGCUCCACACUUGACUUUAUUAUAGCACUUGGGUUCUGAGUAAGUUCUGUUUGAAUCUGGCCACAUGACUUGUUUCUUUCUAUUCUUAUCCUAAAAGAAAAGAAUCUGUCUGGCAUUUUCUACUUGUACCCUUGAAUCUGCCUCUCUAAUAA